AUGGAAGAGAAGCAAAGGGACGCCUACGAUGAUGCUUCCAAACCCGUAAGCUCCCUCUUGGAGUAUCGACCGCCUAGCAUGCUCAAGCAGGCCACUACUGCUGCCGAAGCAAUCGACGUGGUUCCGCGCAAGCACUUCAGCACGUUCGGCCUCAUCGGCCUUUCGUUCGCCAUCCUCAACUCAUGGACUGCAGCGUGUGCUGCAAUCAAUCUUGCGCUAGGCGCAGGUGGACCUGUUGGUGUCGUCUGGGGUAUUCUCGUCGGUACCCUUGGCGCACUCACCAUUGCUGUGUCCCUCGCUGAACUCUGUCAUGUCUAUACCACGGUCGGCGGACAGUACCACUGGACCUACGCCAUGACUAACAAACGAUACCGCGCUCCCGUAGCUUACAUCGCCGGAUGGAUGGGCACCGCUGGUUGGAUCGCCCUCGCUUCCAGCGUACCACUCUAUGCCGGGUCAACCGUCAUGGGUGUCAUCGGCAUCUACCUGCCUGGUUUCAAUGCCAGCACUUGGAAGCUGUUCUUGGUCUACAUGGGCCUUACCGUCUACUGCGGCGCGGUCAACAUCUUUGGCGUCCGCAUCUUCAGCAAGAUGAACCAAGCCGCUCUGCUGUACUCCAUGUUUGGUGCCAUCGUCGUAUUUGUCGUCUGUAUCGCCGUUCCCUCCGCUCAGGGACAUCGAUCCAGCGCCAGCUUCAUCUUCACCGAUUUCGUCAACAUCACAGGGUGGAGCGACGGCAUCGCGUGGAUGAUCGGUCUCAUUCAGGCGCAGUACUGCCUGGUGGGCGCUGAUGGCGCUUCGCAUGUGAUUGACGAGAUCGAUCGUCCGCACAUCAAUGCGCCCAAGGCGAUGGUGUUGGCGUGUCUUAUUGGGGGUACGAGUUCGUUUUUGGUUCUCAUUGCCGUGUUGGCGGGGAUCAGCGAUAUGGAGAGCGUCAUCAGUGCAGGUGCCGCUGGAAUCGUCGAGGCCUUCUUCCAGGCUACGCACAGCAAAGCAGCAACGCUCUGCCUCAACCUCAUCCUCCUUGGGACUCUUACCUUCGCCGGACCUGCGCUCAUGAUCACCACCAGCAGGAUGGUUCAGGCGUACGCAAACGACGGCUGCCUGCCUUUUCAAAGCAAGCUGGGCUCGAUCUCACCCAGAUACCAGGUGCCCGUCUAUGCAGUACUCUUCUGCUGCACCUGCUACACCGUCUUUGGCGUUGUUCUCUUUGGAUCCGUCAUUGCGGUGCAAGCCAUCGUCAGUGCGAGCGUCGUACUUCUUCAACUGUCGUACGUCGUGCCCAUUGCUGGAAUGCUUUUUGGAGGGAGAAAACGCAUCUUUAACGCUCAACGCAGUGACUGCAGCGACGACAACGACGACGACGACGAUGAUGAGAUCCCCAUUCCAUCCGAAAUCAAGUACACUCUCGGCCCCGUGCUAGGCCCUAUCAUUAACACGGCAGCUCUGUGCUACAUCCUGCUCACAACAGUGCUCUUCCUGCUACCUUCCUACAUUCCCGUCACUUCUCCUUCGCUCAUGAACUACUCGGUCGUCGUCGUGGCUGCCACUUUAGCUUUGGCCGCGGCCAAUUGGUUUGUAUUUGCAAGGAAACAAUACACGGGGCCGAAGGAUUUCAAGGAGGUGCUGAAGAGGGCCCAACUUAGCAGAAUAGAUUGA